AGCCACGCUAAGGCUAAGCUUACUCCCUGGGAGAAUCUACUCAAGAGUCUCUACUCCGUUUAAGGUGAUUCAGGGGAAGCCAGUCUGCCCAACCCCUCCCCACCCUCUAACCUUAUGACCAGGCUGCUUCUCCACUUCCAACCAGGAGAACAUCGGGGGCUUGGACCCAGCGUGACCAAGGUGCGGAGCCUGAAGAUGGACAAGAAGGUCUGGACGGAGGAGCUGAUUGAGCUCUUCCUCCAGAUCGGCAACGCCGUGGCCAACCAGUUCUGGGCCGCCAACGUGCCCCCCAGCGAAACGAUCACCCCCAAGAGCUCCAGCCAGGAGCGGCGGCAUUUCCUGAUCGCCAAAUACCGGGAGGGCAAAUACCGGCGGUAUCACCCGCUCUUCGGCAACCAGGAGGAACUCAACAAGGUUGGUGGCUGGAGGAUCCGGAUUCAGGCGCUGGGAAACUGGCAUGUACUUAGGUCGGUUGCAAUGCCCCAGGAUUGUGGGAUCUCCUCUUUGGAAACCUUAGCCG